ACACCACAUUUUGGUUACUUUUAAUUUGUCCAUUAAUCCAGUUAUUAGUGCAGUUAUUUCAUUUCUAUAAACGUGUAGUAUAACCCUUUCAUAGGUUGUCUAUGUAAUCACUCAUACACUUGUCAAUCAGACUGCAGGAUCAGGUUUAAUCGUCAGUCUACUCUAUCACCCUGGGGUUCUUCCCUAACCUCUCUGCCCCUCUACCCAGACUGGAGGAUCAGGUUUAAUCGUCAGUCCUACUCUCAUCACCCUGGGGUUCUUCCCUAACCUCUCUGCCCCUCUACCCAACUGGAGGAUCAGGUUUAAUCGUCAGUCCUACUCUAUCACCCUGGGGUUCUUCCCUAACCUCUCUGCCCCUCUACCCAGACUGGAGGAUCCACUGCGCCACCAACUACACCAAGGAUGGUUUCUGGCUGUACCUGACGCAGAUCGCCUCCUGCUCUCCCUGGAUGUUCUGGAUGUUCCUCAACAGUGUGUUCCACUUCAUGUGGGUGGCUGUGCUGAUCAUGUGCCAGCUCUACCAGAUUGCUGGUCUGGGAAUCACCACAAACGAGAGGAUGAACGCCAGGAGAUACAAGCACUUUAAAGUAACGGCCACUUCCAUCGAGAGCCCCUUCAAUCAUGGUUGUGUACGGAACCUCAUAGACUUCUUUGAGAUUCGCUGCUGUGGCCUGAUCCGGCCCAAGGCGAUAGACUGGACCACACAGUACACAAUCGAGUACGACCAGACGUCCGGGUCGGGCUACCAGCUGGUGUAGACGAGAAGAGAGGAGAGGUGGCGCGACGGUGUCUAGAGGAGGGGGUUCCCCAGGGUUCAGUAUCGGAGCCAGGCUGUUCUCUGGAGCACUCCCCUCAGACCUCCUUCCUCACCCAUUCAGAGUGAGAAAACCAGCCAGGAACUAGCAUGCUGUUACGGGACACCACCAUAAGACCAACACCUACUACUAGUCUAUAUGAAACCACCUCCAUUACUGUACCCACCACCACCUCCGAGCCCCUCCUGGGGGGGCCUUCUCUUCUGCUGG